AUGGACCUCUCUCAACACCCACUUUGGUGGAGCGGUCCGGACUUUCUGAAAAACCCUGAACCGUUGGUCAAUGACUACGUGGAUGUAACAACUGAGAGUGAUCUACCAGAGCAACGUUGGAUAGUGCAUGGAGUAACCAAGGUAGAAGCAAACGAAUUCCUUGCUCGUUUUUCUACUCUUCAACGAUUACUCCGGACAACAGCGUGGAUAUUGCGGUGGAGGCACGGUCAUGCGGAACGCGUGAAGGGACCAUUGAUUCCUGAAGAGAUCAUUGCGGCAAGGAAUCUCUGGAUUAGAUUGGAACAACGAAUGGCAUAUGGUGAUGAUGUAUGUGCUUUAUCCAAAGGACACGCCAUCCAUAAUCGAAAUUCACUUGUUGGCCUGAAGCCAUACUUGGACAAGGUUUGUUUAUUUCGCUGUAGAGGCAGACUACGUCAUACUGAGUUGGACUGGGACAGUCGUCAUCCUGUGAUACUAUCACCAAAAUUUCAUCUCACCAGACUUUUGGUGAUUGCAACCCACCAUGGAGCGUUGCAUGGCGGAGUACAACUGAUGUUGGCAAUUCUUUGGCAUCAAUUUUGGACCCCGGGAGGCAGGCGACUGGUGAGACAAUUAUUACAUAAUUGUAUGCCGUGUAUGCGAUGGCGGGCGACUUCUCUACAACCUCUCAUGGGUGAUCUGCCGCGGGCUCGAGUGACGCCUUCGCGCCCAUUCACGAUGACUGAAUUUUAUUUUGCGGGACCUGUUCUCCUUCGGACAACUAAGGGAAAAGGACACCGAGCAUACAAGGGGUACAUCUGCGCGUUCGUUUGCUUGGCGACAAGAGCAGUUCACUUAGAGGCUGUCACUGAUUACAUGACGGAAGCCUUCCUUGCUGCAUUCCAGAGGUUUAUUUCACGACGAGGCUUGUGCAGGGAAGUAUUUUCAGAUUGCGGCACCAAUUUUGUUGGAGCGGAUGCGAAACUUCGAGCACUCUUUCGUGCAUCGAGUGAAGAGUCACGGAAGUUAGUGGAGCACCUGGCUGAAAAAGGGAUCCGAUGGCGAUUUAAUCCGCCAUCAGCUCCACACUUUGGAGGUAUGUGGGAAGCUGCAGUCAAAAGCGUAAAGUAUCACAUUCACACGGUCAUCGGGGAGGCUACACUCACUUACGAGGAGAUGGCUACGCUACUAGCUAAAGUGGAGGCAUGCAUGAAUUCGAGACCUAUUGCUGCAAUGUCAGACGAUCCUGAAGAUCUAUUACCACUCACACCGGGGCACUUUUUGAUUGGAACACCUUUGUUGUCCAUACCUGAACCUCUUCUAACGGAAGAAUCUACAUCGCGGCUUACACAUUGGAAGCUUUUACAAAAGAUGCGUGACCACGUAUGA